AGAAGGACGGCGAGCCAAGCGGGGUGGCUGGGUGGGCAGAAGGCGGCGGCGGCGGCGGCUGAUGCGUCGCCCGUUUUCUUCGCCCGUUCCCUCGCCUCUGCCCAGCCCCGCUUCGCCAACAGGCGCCCGCCCUCCUCUCCGCGCCCGCCGGCCUUGCGGGAGCCUCUUUCGGGCCGGGGCCGCGGCGGAGGCUGCUGCUGCUGCUGCUUCCUCGCUUAGAGAGCGCUGCUGGCUUCCCAGCCCGAGUCCGGCCAAGGAUGCCCGGAGGGAGCCCGAGCUAAGAAGCGGAGGCGGAGGGGAGCGGAGAGCUGCUGGCGGACGCGGAAGAGGACUGUGGGAUCCGAGGGAAAGUUUAGCUUUCCUUCCCCGCGAAGCGCCCGGCUGCUCUCAAGUCACCCGUGGAGCCCUGCGAGGUAGCCUGGGCUGGAAACGUCCAAGGUGAGCGCUUGCAAGAACUAAAAGGAAGGACCUCCCGGUCAACCUAGGGAAGGGCUGACCAUGCCACCUUCCAAAGAUGUGGUCAAAAUCGCUGUGCAGAUGAUGGGGGCGAUUCCCCAGCUCAUCGAACUGAAUCAGGCUAAACCUCUGUCAGCAGUUGUGAAAGAAGUCUGUGAAGUGUGGAACCUGAAUAAUUCCGAGCGCUAUGCUCUGCAAUACGUGGAUGGCCAGCAAGCCUACAUUACAGAACUGAACCGUGGAGAAAUUAAGAAUGGGAGCAUCCUGCAGUUGACAACUGCUCCGGAUCAAGAGGCAGCAAAGUUGCAUGGGGGUAUUCAAAGCAACAGUGUGGACGUGAAGACCAAUUCUUUGAAGAAGUUGGCAAGCCUGUCGCGGGAUGUGGCCUUUGCCCAGGAGUUUAUUAGCAGAAAUGGCCUUAAUCAGCUCUUCCUGAUUGUGGAAGAAGAUAAUAAUACAGGGGAGGUUCUGGCGUAUACCCUGAAGGCCUUUGUGGAGCUGAUGGAACAUGAUUUUGUUUCCUGGGAGACCCUCAGCCCCACUUUCAUCAAAAAGAUUGUGAGUUACAUCAAUAUCAGUCCCCUGGAUGCUUCUAUCCAGCAGAUUUCCUUGGCCAUCUUGGAGAACAUGGUGCCCACCAGUCGGGCUCUUUUUGAGCUGGUCAAGCAACAAGUGACUUUGGAUCGCCUCAUUGCCCUCUUGCAAGUAAUGAACACACAGCUGCAGCUCAAAGCUAUGGCGCUCCUGAUUGCUCUCCUCCUCAAUGCUGGCGAGGCAGAAAGAAGGGAGAUGAUGGACUAUCUAGGGGAGAAGAACCUCCGGCAAUUUAUCCACAAGAACAUUGUCCACGCUUCGGACCCGAUUGCGGAUGAGAUGGCUCACUACCUCUACGUCCUGCAGUCGCUCACACUCAACCUCCUGGAGCGUCGGAUGAGGGCCCCCAUGGACCCCUAUUCCCAGGAACAACGGGACCUGCUCCAGUCUUUGCGCCAUGCUGCCUUUGUGUCCGAGAACGAGUCUUCCGCUGGCAGCUACAACACCGAGCGUCGACACUCGCUUUGUGCUAAAGAAUUCCGCAAGCUGGGCUUUGUGAAUAACAGUAACCCUGCGUUGGAUUUGCACCGGACUCCUCCGGGGUUGCUUGCACUGGACAGCAUGGUCUAUUUCUCCAGGCAUUUCCCAAAUGCGUACAGCAGGUUUAUUCUUGAGAACAGCAGUCGAGAAGAUAAACACGAAUGUCCGUUUGCUCGGAGCAGCAUCCAACUUUCCUUUAUGCUGUGUGAGAUUCUUCAUGUAGGGGAGACAUGCUCAGAGACAGCCCAGGCUUUCUACCCCAUGUUCUUUGGCCAAGAACACUUCUUUGAUGAGGUUUUCUGUAUUUGCAUCCAGCUGUUGAACAAAACCUGGAAGGAGAUGCGAGCUACUCAAGAGGAUUUUGACAAGGUCAUGCAAGUGGUUCGGGAGCAGAUCACACGAACCCUGGCCCUGAAGCCCACUUCGCUGGAGCUCUUCAAGAGUCGAGUGAACACCCUCAACUACAGUGAGAUCCUGCGUCUCCGGCAGACAGAACGCAUGCAUCAAGAGGAAAUUCUACCUGUCCCUGUCCUGGAAUUGAAGGAGCGGCUGAAACCCGAACUCAUCAAGUUGAUCCAGCAGCAGAGACUCCUGCAUCUUUGUGAAGGGACGCUUUUUCGCAAAAUUAGUAGCCGCCGUCGGCAAGAUAAGCUCUGGUACUGCCGUCUUUCUCCCAACCAUAAAUUUCUCCAUUAUGGAGAUGUGGAAGAAGGGGUCGAAAACCCACCAAUUGAGAGUCUGCAGGAGAAAGUUUCUGUGGCUGACAUGAAAGCGUUGCUGGUGGGCCGGGAAUGCCCCCAUACCAAGGAAAAGAGUUCGGGCAAGCAGAAUAAGGAUCUUCUUGACCUUGCAUUUUCCAUAAGUUACGAUGUCGGAGAGCAUCUGAAUUUCAUUGCCUCUACACGUUAUGAGUUCUGCUUGUGGACCGAUGGACUGAAUGUGCUUCUCGGCCGGGAGAUGGUCAGCGAAAGGAUGCGGAGCGAACUGGAUAUCUUGCUGUCAAUGGAGCUCAAGUUGCGAUUGUUGGAUCUGGAGAACAUUGCCAUUCCGGAUGCCCCACCCGACAUCCCAAAGCCUCCCAGCAACUUAAAUUUCUGCUACGACUUUACCCAUAUCGAACAGUAAGGGUCUGUCCUUGCUGUCCUUACCACACAGUGCUUCCCCCCCACCCCACCCUCCUCAAGCAGGAUCUGCACACACCACUCUACGAAUUCACGGGUUCAGAUCACCCGGAAAGCCGGAUCAGAAAAAGGUGGCAUGGAAAUUCCCUGCUUUCAUCCCACAUUGUUCCAAUUGCUUUCUCUGUUGUUAUCUUUCGCCAAAGUAGCAUUUACUGGCGACAUCAAAGCCGGGCAAACCACAGGUAAACCAAUGCUGUCCAAACCGCAUCUUGUCAAAGCAGGGUUUGAAGAUGAGCGGUGACCACGGAUUGCCUAAUUCAGACAUUGCAACAAACGAAGCGAGGCCAAGAGGAAGGAGUAGGGCAGCUUGUGGUUUGCUCACAGCCUUCCCAACCAAGCCCUGGUUGAGGGUGCGUGUUUUUUUUGUUUUUAAAUCUAGAAAAUCAGUUCUUGGAAUUAAUGCUUCCGGAUGCACAAUUUUAUGGGGCUUCCUUCCAACCGAGGUGCCAUCAAAAUCUGGAAUGGGGAAUAGCUUUGCCCGGGAGAGAGAGAGACAGAGAGAGUGAGAGAGGCUGACAGAGAGGGCUUAAGAAUAGAAAGUGAGCACUGUGAAAAGGGGAACAGAGAACUGAAUAGCCACCCACUCACUCACCACAAUAUUUGUUUCUAUGAGCUACCGUGUUUCCCCGAAAAUAAGACAGGGUCUUGUUUUCUUUUGACCCAGAAA